ACAACACUGUAUUGGACUGUACAAACAAAUUAAUAGGCAUGCUACAGAUAUUGUGCAUUAUGGCGUAGGAGAAACCACAAUUAACAUGUUUGAUAUGAAAUUCUACUCUCUUUGAAAACUCUUACUUGCAGCGAAUCUGACAAGCAGAUGCAUUUUUUCGAAUUUGCAAUCAACCGGAAGAGAGUGGAUCUAGAUCUACCGUGAAUGUCGCAUGCAUUUUGUUGUUAGUUGUGCUCGGUCUUACUACACUUUUACGAUUUAAUUCUUAGCGCUGCUACUGGAUCGGGAAUAACUGCCUAGAAAAUUCUUUGCGAUAAACAUGACAAAGAACGGGGUUCCAGAGGAAAAUGUCCCGCUCCAAGCAGCCAGUUCUCCUGCUGACAGUAGUGGUCCACCGGCGCCGGUACGCGGACCUCCUCCGGAAAAGCCACUCAGAGAACGAUUACGCGUGGAUCCCAGGCUGUUUUCGGUGAAGAUACUGGUAUUCAUGGUGUACGGAGGUAGUGCGGCGAUUCUUCCCUUCGUUACCGUUCACAUGAAGAGUCUGGGUAUCAGCGUGACGGAAAUCGCUGUGAUUAUGCUACUCGUGCCGAUUUUAUCCAGUAUCGGGCCGACAUUAGCCGGCGCACUGGCCGACCGAUUGGGAAACUAUAAAAUCGUCCUCGUGUCAUUUACAUUGGUCAGCACCUUUCUGCACGCAUGCAUGUGGUUUUUUGUCCCGGCGUACGGCAGCCACACUAUUAUCACCAUGGGAAAUCACCCCUUGUCGUCGGAUUUUGUCAUGCAUCUUCCCUGCAAUAACGACUAUGUACAUUUUGAUUAUACCGGUGUACGCGCUCCGCAAGGUUUUCUCCCCAAUAACGCCUCGAUACGACCGCAAAUCCUGUUCUAUAAAUGCAGCACAAAUUGUGCCAAGCUUUCCGUGGAUGCCGUGUGUUUAUUCGAUUCCCGAAAUGUUAGUAAUUUGCGCUGCCAACCACUCAUCGGCGAACACGUACUAGUUCUUAAUGACGCCAUUGAUGACCUAUCCAAUACCACAUUCCAGAUGAAAAACACAAAAUCCCGCUGCUAUAAUCAGUUUCCGGCAUGGAACGUGACCGUUACCGAUUGCUCGAUUACGUGUAAAAUAGAACUGCAAAAUCAUACCAUCACCACACAGAUUCCCUACGGUGAUCGGGUAACAACCCUGGCACUAUAUUUGACCUUUCGGUUUCUGUCGAUGACGGCCUUCCGCGGUAUCAAUCCGAUUCUGGAUGCAGCGGUGCUUGAAUAUUCUAAACAGCAUGGGGCCGAUUUCGGUAUCCAGAGGCUGUUUGCUUCCGUGGGAUCCGUGGUAAUUCCACCGCUGUCGGGAUGGUUAACUGGACUGGCCAGUACUCAUUGCGCAUGCCCUGAUUACGGUCCGGCCUUUUAUUUGUUCGCUGGGAUGAACCUAAUGGCAGCGGUAUUGAUUUGUAAAAUGGAUAUAAAGGUCAAACAGCCGCAAACACAGAUUCUACGGACGAUGGGGAUCGUUCUUCGCAAUCCGAAUGUGACAGCGUUUCUGGUCGUUGUGUUUUUUUGUGGCUGUGGAUGGGGAAUUAUUCUGAACUAUAUGUUCCUUUUUAUGGAAGAUGAUCGAGAUUUCCAGUUUUCAGCGCCGGCAUGGAUGUUGGGUUUAGUGAACACGGUUGGUUAUGCCCUGGGAAUACCAAUAUUGUUUUUCUCUACGCAGCUAAUUAAGAAAGUCGGUCAUGAAAACCUCUUGGCGAUUGGAAUACUAUGUUAUGCUGGACGAUUUUUAGCUUAUUCGUUCACGUAUAAUCCAUGGCUGAUUUAUCCCACGGAAGCUCUGACGGCUUGGACAUUUCUCGUUUUCGUUCUUGCUCCACAGUACGCUCUGAAAACCGCACCGAAGUACCUUGCUACGUUGGUCGGACUAUUUGGUGCAGCGAAUUUUGGAUUAGGAGGAGGCGCUGGACCCCUAAUUGCCGGUCUGCUAAUCCAUUAUCUAGGAUAUCGUCCAGCAUUUCGUAUUUUAGCUUUAUUACUCGGAGUAGUUGGAGGAGUGUAUUUACUAGUUUAUCAUUUUGUACUGAAGAAGAAGUGGCAAGUUAUUACAGAAAGAACAAAUUCUCCGACAGAAAGAACAAAGAGCGAAAAUCAAUAUAAAGAACUGGAUCGUAAAAUAACAGAUGUGGGAGUCGGUAUUCUAAGUACUUCGUCGAUGUCAAUAUCUGAACCUGUAACGAAUGCUUCUGAACCGACUGAGCGUGCGACUGAGCAUUCCACAAACGCUUUCCGGAGGAAAAUCAGCACCUUGCACUGAACAGGAAACCUCCCUGUUUUGCCCACAUGGAUUACAAAGUUUAUGUGAAAGUUCUAAAAUGUGCAGUGUGUGACAGUUGUCGUUUAGGAAGCUGUAAGCGUUUACACGUUUCGACAAGCAUUUGUUACGUACGUGUACGUUUAUCUUGUUAAUAUAUCAAAAAAUUUUGCAUACUUCGAGUACUUGUAGUAUUAUUGCACUUAAAUGCAUGUGUCUUUUCAGCUGACCAAUUCUUACAUGGGUAUCUUCUAAUUAAAUUAAGUUUUAAUCACAAUCUUCACAAA